AUGCAGUGUUCUGAUUUUAUAUUUGACUUGGGACGAGAACGUGAAGGUAGUGCAUCUGAAACUAGCAAACUUCUUCUGAAAAACAACCAAGUGGAUUUAUCUGAGACCGAUUGGACGAUCCGUAGGAGUUAUAAAGACGAGAGUCACAAAGGGCAGCAUUGUAACGCGUUUGCUUUUUUCGACGCUAAAGGUCGAAUGCGACUGGUUCUGGAUUUUAGUACUAAUGCUGAAGCGACAAAGUGGGCAAGAGUGAUAGCGGCAGAAUUGAGUCAACUCAAGUUGUUCGCACGAAUGCGUGAGCUGAAUGAAACUCUUGCUAAAAAGGGUAGAGAAGAGCAAUCGGAUCAUUUGAAUCCGUUGAUGACAUGUACUGGGAUGUCAAUCCAAUUGACCGACAAAAUGGGACAGCGCGAGUGGAACGGUGCAAAUCAGGGACGCUUGGUCAAGCGUUAA